AUGGCAGAUGAUUUUUACACAGAUAUGCGUGAUGAAGACCUCUACGACGAGGCACAUACCACGCAAGCGAUGUUGACGUGCGACGACUGGUGCGACAUAACUGAACUGGACGAUGAAAAGAGAGGGCCAGCAUUGCGCGACAGACUUGAAGGAGGUGCCGCCAUUUACAAGAAGAUCCUAGAGACGGAUGCCUUGAAGAACAAGGAAGAAGGCGUGCUGUGCUUCAAGAGGACGCUGCGACUCUUCUUU